UAUCCACUCUCUCUUCCUCAUCAUCCCAAAGUCUCACAAACCCCUUUUUGAAAAAAUGUCAUCAGCUUAUUAUUGUUCCUCCGCCGUGGCUGUAUCCGCCGCAGCCACCGCCUCUUCCUUGAAUCCGUUAUUCACCUCCCACUCCAAUCUCCGACUCUUUUAUCGUUUCACACCUAAAUCCUUCAAACUCGUUGCCAGUUGCCCUAAUCCGCUAAUCCUCCAUCCGAAUACCCGUCGCCACCGCUUCUUCUGCACCGCCGAUACCGAAGCUAACUCAGCCGAGAGCGAAAUCGAAGCUUUACUAGAAGAAGACGACGACGACGACGUAGAAGAUGAAGAAGAAGAAGUAGAGGACGAAGAAGACGCAGAUGAGAAACAGACUACGCAAGCGAGUGUUGAAGAAGGAAGGCUUUACGUUGGGAACUUACCUUACACAAUCACUUCCUCUGAGCUCUCUCAGAUUUUUGGAGAAGCUGGCAAUGUCGUCGAUGUUCAGAUUGUUUAUGAUAAAGUCACUGAUAGAAGCAGAGGGUUUGGAUUUGUAACCAUGGGAACCAUUGAAGAAGCUAAAGAAGCUAUUAAGAUGUUUAACACUUCUCAAAUUGGUGGUAGAACGGUGAAAGUGAACUUCCCGGAGGUGCCAAGAGGUGGAGAGAGAGAAGUAAUGAGAACUAAAAUCCGUGAUAAUAACCGGAGUUAUGUAGACAGUCCUCACAAGAUCUAUGCAGGAAACCUUGGUUGGAACUUAACCUCACAGGGUCUUAAAGAUGCGUUUGGUGAUCAACCUGGUGUGCUUGGUGCUAAAGUUAUCUAUGAGAGAAACACCGGGAGGUCUCGGGGAUUUGGUUUCAUCUCUUUCGAGUCAGGGGAAGAUGUUCAGUCUGCUUUGGCUACCAUGAAUGGAGUUGAAGUUGAAGGACGAGCGCUGAGGCUGAAUUUGGCUUCAGAGAGAGAGAAGCCCACUGUGUCUCCACCAACUGUAGAAGAAGGAGUAACUGAAGAGGCCAGUCUAGAGAGUAGUGAGGUGCUUACAAACGUCAGUACAUGAAGAAGCAACAUCACAAUAGAUUCCGGAUAAGUUUUCAGACUGAUCAGCACGAGGGCCAAAAGCGAAAAUUUUGUUGUCUUUAUAAAUGUAUUGUUGUAUUCUACUAAGAAGAAGACAAUAUAUGAGAUAGAAAACAAGAGACCAUUUGUUGUAAUGCGUUUAAACCCAUAAGUAGUGUAAUGUAACGACAUAUCUUGAUUCCAGUAAA